CUGAGGGCCAUUUUGCUGGUGGACGCAGUUUGGUCGGCUCUUUCCUCGCCUCACAGUGGCUCGCAAUCCAUGAUCUCGGUAGGAAUUCUCACAGUGAGCGAUCGAGUGUCGCAGGGCGCUGCAGUCGACAAGAGCGGCCCUACUCUAAAGGACCUUGUCGAAUCCAAGCUCGGCGGCACCGUUGUGGUCCAAGAAGUCGUUCCCGACGACGUGGGUGAGAUCCAAGCCCGGAUUUCAAGAUGGGCUGACGAGAAGAGGGCCGAUUUGAUUCUGACCACCGGAGGAACGGGAUUCGGCGUCAGGGAUGUGACCCCGGAGGCAGUCGCUCCGAUCUUGGACAAGAAUGCCCCUGGUCUAUCGACUGCAAUGCUCGUCGCCUCCCUGAGUAUCACACCAAUGGCUGCUCUGUCCCGGCCUAUUUGCGGUGUUCGAAAGAACUCGAUCAUUGUCACUCUGCCGGGCAGCACCAAAGGCUCCGUCGAGAAUCUCCAAGCCCUGCUACCGGUUCUGCCUCACGCCCUGGAGCUCUGUCGGGGCGAGCCUGGUGCCGGAGAGCAGACCCAUCGGCGGAUGCAAGCGGCAUCGGGCCAUCAUGACUGCGGCCACCACCACGAGGCCAAAACCAAGACUCAUCACCAGCAUCACCACCACCACCACCACCAUCACCAAGGUCGUGCUCUAGAUCAACAGAUGCUCUCGCUGGAUACGCCAGUCGCCCUUCGUCCCCGAGAGUCUCCCUUUCCGAUGAUCGGCUUUGACGAGGCACUGUCUAUCGUCCUGCAACAUGCCCAGCGUCUCCCCGCAGAGAAGCGGAGGGUCGACGUCGACUUGUCGGGGUACUAUCUUGCCGAGGACGUUCACGCCAAAGAGCCCGUCCCAGGCUACCGAGCCUCGAUUGUCGAUGGCUAUGCUGUAAUAGCUUCAGAUGGUGUCGGCGAAUUCCCCGUUGUCAGCGGACUGCUCGCGGGUCCUGGAAGUGGCCCCGAGCUCGAGUUGACGCCUGGCAAGAUAGCCCGAGUGACGACGGGAGCGCCAGUCCCCAAGGGAGCGACUGCCGUCAUCAUGGUCGAGUACACAACCGUGGUCUCAGCUUCGGAUGAUGGCAAGAUCGAGCACGUUGUUCGUAUCAACAAGGCUGCACACGAAGGGCAGGAUAUUCGAGAGAUUGGCUCGGACAUUUCCAUGGGCGAGCGCAUCCUCCGAAAGGGCGAGCAAAUCACUCCCAUCGGCGGCGAAAUCGGUGCAAUGGCGUCUGUGGGAGUAUCAGAGAUGAGUGUUUUUCGGAAGCCGAUUGUCUCGAUUUUGUCCACCGGAAACGAACUUGUCCAGCACGAUUCCAUGGAGCCGCUCCGAUAUGGACAGAUCCGCGACACCAAUCGGCCAUCCUUGAGAAUGGCCAUCGAGUCUUGUGGCUAUCAGGUGGUUGACCUGGGUAUAGCACCUGACAGCCCAGAGGAACUUGCCGCCGUUGUUCGCACGGGCCUGGAGCGAUCCGAUGUACUUGUCACUACCGGCGGAGUCUCCAUGGGCGAGCUUGACCUCCUCAAGCCCGUGCUUCUGAAUAAGAUCGGUGCCCGUAUUCACUUUGGAAGGGUGGCUCUGAGGCCAGGAAAACCAACAACGUUCGCAACAGUCACUUCCCAGGAUGCUGCCCCUCCAAAGCUUAUCUUCUCCCUACCUGGGAACCCAGUCUCGGCCCUUGUCACGUUUUAUCUGUUCGUUUUGCCUUCGCUCAAGAAACUCUCGGGAUCGACUGAUCCCUGUCUCCCCAAGAUUCUGGUCACGCUCCCCGAGAGAGUCCGGCUCGACUCUCGACCCGAGUUUCAGCGCGCCCACGUUUCUGCAAGUUACGACAGCACCGGCAUGAAGCUGGUCGCCUACACCACCGGAGGACAGCGGAGCAGUAGGGUCAUGAGCAUGAAGAGCGCCAAUGCUCUGCUCAUUCUGCCGGCCGCAGCCGACAGCGCUGCCUUCUUGGAGCCCGGCACGAAUGUCGAGGCAUAUCUAUUGGGGCCUCUCGAUACAGCUCCUUCAAGAAGCCCUGGUACACACGGACUGUCGUAGCCAUGGCCGAAACGAUUCGGUGACGCUCAUAACGAGAUCUCUGUGAAUUGCGACUCGGACGGUGAUGCUGCAGCCUCAGCGAUCGACCCUCGAUCGAUCAUGUGGCGUGUGCACCAACAUCAUAGCACCAACACCUGGAGUACUCCCAUUCC